AUGUCAGAAGAGAAGCAGGAAAUCAAAGGCGGUUGCCAUUGUGGCAAAAUCAAGUACACCUUCCGCAUCCCGGUCCCGUCGGCAGGAAAAGGCCAAUUGACGGCAACGCGCUGCAAUUGCACCUUCUGCACCAAGUUCAGCACAACCAACCUCAUGCUCCCCGACCCAGACAAGGCAGAUUUCACGCUUCUCACCGAAUCCACAGCGCCUCGAUCCAGUCUGGGAAACUACCAACCACGCGUAAAAUCGCUGUCGAGGUUCUUUUGUCAAGAUUGCGGAGCUCAUGUUUGGAUGGAGGGGUAUUUUGAGCAUGAGGGGAUGAAGUUUGAUGUUUUCGCCGUGAACUUGGCGAGUGUGGAUCAGCCGCAGGAUGGAAUUGAUUUGAAGGAUGUUAAGAUCAAGUAUUUCGGGGAGCUGGAGGCGAAAGGGAAAGGGAUGGAGACGAGGGAUGAGCCUUGGGAGCAUGGGUUGUUGUAG